UUUAGAUGGCAUCGUCAUUAUUUGUCUGCUGCUAGUCUUUUACUCCCUGGCGCUUUGGGAUAGAUGGAUAACACUAAAGCUGUACGAACGUCAGAGAUUGCAAGGUCACAGCUUGAACAUAAAUUAUGGCGCAACCAAAAGCGGAAUUUCUAUCACUCGAACAUCAUCGCCGAAACUCGACAAACAGUGUUCCUUUGACGAUACCACGAUACCAACUUCGAAUGGUUUUCUAGCGCCUCCCAGACUUAUAGAUCAACGGAAUGCCGGGGCGUUUUGUCCCCCUAAUCCAAGGGAUCAGUCGGGUCACCCUCUAUAAGAUACAGCUAUAUUUGUCUAUCAUCAACUGCAGCAUUAUCUCAUGUACUGUACUUCUGUUAAACAUCACCCAGCGACUCUAUGGUGAUUACCGAAGAGCGUUCCGUAAAUAUGCUUCGAGCUGUAAAGAAAAACAGCUUUGCUGUUACCUAUUGAUUCAAUCUCCCGAGGCCAAGUCAUUCACCGUGUUUAGAGCGCACAAUGUGUUGCUAGAUCUCACCGAGAGCAGAUCGAGAUGCACAGCUACAAAACGAUUCGAUCGCUAUCGAAUCGCUAUUGGACCACUGUAUAUCUCAGCUACGAUGCCAUCCUUCCUCUCAAGACGCGAGCAAUCUUCUGACAGCGAUGACACUGUCCUCUUAGUUGUUGUAAUUUGUUCCAUCAUCGUAGUCGGGAUGUGCAUCAUCUUCGCAUGCAUCUAUUUCUUCCGUCGUGUUGUGCCACCACCACCACGGUCGGGUGUGGCCGACCUACCUGCGACGGCCAUGCAUAUGAACUUCAUGGAAAAACCUGUUGAAAGCGACCUCAAUCUAAUCCCUGACUCUACUCGAGACCAAAUUCGUGGAUAUUGGGUUUUGCCCGCCUUAUUUUUCGUGCCUGAUGUGGAGAAAGGCAUGCAGACAGAAAAAUCGAGUGAAGGUCGGUUCACACCAUCAGCAACACAGGGAUUUGGUGACAAGCAGUUGGCUCACUUGAGUUUGUAGGACCUGAAGUGAACAUUAUACAAGACCCCUUCAAGGCGGGUUAAGCAUCAUCAACAUUCGCUUCCUUUACAUUCAAUGAUUCAGUAUAAAAACUCCUUCUCUAAAUAGGCCUUGUUCUAUAGUUCGGUAUCGCUUUGAAAUCUUGGUAUUACUCUACAAGAAAACCUCCUACUCA